AUGGCUGAAAUGACAGAGGGAAUGGUCUUUGAAAUGGACAGUGGGAAUGACACGGUCAUGUCGGAAUCCUUUGGCCAGCCGACAUUUGCUGUCGUCAUCUUCGUCACCAUUGGUUUCGUUGGAAUGAUCGGAAAUGCCCUUGUAUGCAUCGUGAUCGCAAGUACGUUGGCUUGGUCGAAAAGUGGCACCACGAAUCUCCUGAUCUUGAACCAAGCCGUCGUUGACACCUCGACGUCGUUCAUUUUGAUUCUAUCCUACACCUUGCCUUACCCCUUUAUCCGAACUGCAGGAGGAUGGCCGGAGUUCGUCUGCCGCAUGUGGGUGCCACACACCCUCCUGUGGAUGCUCUUUGUCGUGUCAACCUACAACCUCUGCAUGAUGUCUCUGGAAAGGUACAUCGCCGUUGCCUACCCAGUGGCCUACUCCACGCGAUUCAAGAAGGAGACAUCUCUCUUGAUGAUUCUGUUCUGCUGGAUAUUAGCCCCUCUUCUGCAUUACUACUACCCGAUUGCAUACGAUUACAAUGAUGGUGGUGUUUGCAGGAAGCGAGGGGACCCACUAGUGGUCGCGACCAUUGGUGUCUUGAUCUUCGUCUGGGAAUUCUUCAUCCCUUUCAUCAUCAUGGCUGUGGUGUACAGCCGCAUUGUUUACCUGCUCCGGAGGCAGCAGUUGCGGGUCCGAGCAGUGAACACCAACCCGGGCCAACCGGAACCGCGCAGCGGACAUCUAGGUGCCCAAGCCUCAUCGCAGCCUCAUAUCCAAGUCUCCCUGGAGCAGAACGUCGCCUCCAGGUCCGAAGCUGCGCAAGGUCAUCACCAGGGGAACUCGCCGCAGCAGAGACGUCGUGCGCCGUCAGAAACGGUUCGCCGCAACGUCACGGUGACGCUUCUAUCCGUUUUCGUCAUGUACGUUGUUUGCUGGAUGCCGAACCACCUGACCUUCCUGCAGUUCGGGCUAGGAGGACCUCUCAAUCUCUCCGGAGCUUGGUACUACAUCACUCUCAUCCUUGCCUACCUUAACAUGAGCAUCAACCCUUUCAUCUACGCUCUCAAAUACAAGCUCUUCAGGGAGGGCUUCAGGAGACUAUUCUGCGACAGGUGCUACAAGGCCGCACCUGAAAGACGAAACUUUACAGAACACUCUAGCUUACCACCGCGACCCGUUCCUACCGUCUCUGGGUCUGACAGAGGUCUCAUACAUGCUGAAUAA